GGCGUGGCCACCCAGCCCUGAGCCGAUCCUGAGGGGUCAGAGAUGGCACUGACCCCUGAGUCCCGGAGCAGCUUCCCUGGGCUGGCCGCCACCGGCAGCUCUGUGCCGGAGCCGCCUGGCAGCCCCAACGCAACCCUCAACAGCUCCUGGGCCAGCCCGACGGAGCCCAGCUCCCUGGAGGACCUGGUGGCCACGGGUGCCAUUGGGACUCUGCUGUCAGCCAUGGGCGUGGUGGGCGUGGUGGGCAACGCCUACACGCUGGUGGUCACCUGCCGCUCCCUGCGCGCGGUGGCCUCCAUGUACAUCUACGUGGUCAACCUGGCGCUGGCUGACCUGCUGUACCUGCUCAGCAUCCCCUUCAUCGUGGCCACCUACAUCACCAAGGAGUGGCACUUCGGGGAUGUGGGCUGCCGCGUGCUCUUCAGCCUGGACUUCCUGACCAUGCACGCCAGCAUCUUCACGCUGACCGUCAUGAGCAGCGAGCGCUACGCUGCGGUGCUGAGGCCGCUGGACACCGUGCAGCGCCCCAAGGGCUACCGCAAGCUGCUGGCGCUGGGCACCUGGCUGCUGGCACUGCUGCUGACGCUGCCCGUGAUGCUGGCCAUGCGGUUGGUGCGCCGGGGCCCCAAGAGCCUGUGCCUGCCCGCCUGGAGCCCGCGCGCCCACCGCGCCUACCUGACGCUGCUCUUCGCCACCAGCAUCGCGGGGCCCGGGCUGCUCAUCGGGCUCCUCUACGCGCGUCUGGCCCGCGCCUACCGCCGCUCGCAGCGCGCCUCCUUCAAGCGGGCCCGGCGGCCGGGGGCGCGCGCGCUGCGCCUGGUGCUGGGCAUCGUGCUGCUCUUCUGGGCCUGCUUCCUGCCCUUCUGGCUGUGGCAGCUGCUCGCCCAGUACCGCGAGGCCCCGCUGGCGCCGCGGACGGCGCGCAUCGUCAACUACCUGACCACCUGCCUCACCUACGGCAACAGCUGCGCCAACCCCUUCCUCUACACGCUGCUCACCAGGAACUACCGCGACCACCUACGCGGCCGCGUGCGGAGCCCGGGCAGCGGCGGAGCCCGGGGGCGCGUUCCCUCCCUGCAGCCCCGCGCCCGCCUCCAGCGCGGUUCCGGCCGCUCCCUGUCUUCCUGCAGCCCACAGCCCACUGAGAGCCUCGUGCUGGCCCCGGCGGCCCCGGCCGGACCUGCGCUGGAGGGUCCCAGGGACCCGGCGUGAGCACGCGGAGGGGCGGCUGGAGUCCAGGCGGGGACGAGCCCCUCCACAGAGCCCCCCACUCCGAAAUCAC